UAUUUUUGUCGAUUAUUAUAAAUUAUUGUCCAAAUUUCUAUUGAAAUAUUUUUUUACACCUUUAAUUUGCUCUGGUUACUGGUCAUAAAGAGAAGCGAAAGUAGCCAACUCUAGUUACUUUGCUGCGAAAAAAAUGUUACCGUUGGUUGGUUACCAGUGAAUCAAGAAAUAUUGACGUUGACUAAAAUUUAUUUGUUGAAACCAAACAAACUAAAUUCAAUGGAUUUUAAAGUUUUGUUUUGUUCUUUUUUCAUAUUGCAUCUUGUUUCAUUUUAUGGUAACAAUGCCAUUGAAGACCCCAGGUUCACCGAUAGACUGAAACCGAAUUUUAAAUUCCCUUUGAGGCUUCCACAUAAUAUCGCUUUGGAGCAUUUUACGACCGAGGAUGUAGUUAUUCGCACUUUUCCAACUGAAGUAAACCUGUUUCGUGAAAACGCUGAAUAUACCAAGAAUAUGAGCUUGGAACUGGAAAGCUCUUGUGGUUACUCGAAAUCAAUGUUUGAUGAGAAAGACGUCGUCAUGUUGACAUUGAUAGAGCAGGAUAUUGAUAAUGUUACAUCAAAAAUUGUUAAAUCUAUUGAAAUCGAUCCUUUUUCAGUUGAUUUUUACCCUCACAAAAUAACCAUGGAACCGUUCAAAAAACAUGUUCAACGCAAUCUAAUGGAUUUUCCCACUUCGUUAUGUAUUAACUUUUAUUGCGAAUACUACAAAGUCAAUAGGGCUAAGUUUCCGCAGUUUACAUUUAGAGACUUAGGCUUAGAAAAGAGAUGUGCUUCAUAUGAAAGUAAUAAUUGUACAUUUGUGCAUAAAGAAGUCGACUAUCCAAGAGUUUUGGCAGAAACGGAAAAACUGAUCAGAGCUAUGAAAUAUCUCCGUCUUUUCGACUUAUUAUCAAUGGAGUGUAACUUGACAGAGUUGCAGAAGUGGGUGACUCUUGAAAUGGAUAACAAGACUGCUUCAUUAUUCCCUAAAUUGACUAAAAAUCACUCAUUUAUUGCAAAUUUCAUUGAUUCUAAAGGAAAACUGUCCACGUCUGUAGUAAUCGGGGAAUAUAAAAUUAUACCAAACCGCUGAAUAAAUGAAUUUUUAUGUCCAA